AUGACAUACAAGGAUAUCCACAAACAACUUAUUUUCACUACGCUAACGCUCAAUUCGUCAACGCUAUACUCCACUGAAAAUGUCAAGCUUGCGCACUCCGUCAGUAACUUGAACUGCUCAGAGCUAGUCCUGCUGGAGCUAGGGCUUAUAAAUUCCUCAAAGACCCUUAUAGGCCUGUUUCCAGUGUACACCAGUGGGGCAGUCACCAAGACUUUCCUCUUGAUAUACUUCAUGAAAAAGACUCUCCACAACCCUGAUGGUAGCAAUGAUCUUGUCACUGUGGUUACUUUGGCGCAUCAUGAUGUGAACAAAACCCUUAUUCUAUCCAUUCUCAAGAAGAUUAUGGACAAGUACUUCGAGUUUCGAAGCGAAAUGAGCUCCAUAGCGGAGAAUGCCGAGUCGGCCCUGGAGCAACAAAGCAAAAGUAAACCAGGCGAAUUCAAAUUAUACAUGACGCAAAUCAUCAAAUUUGAGGAGAUGCAAUACGAAUCGAAUCAGCGCAUGUAUAACUAUGGUGCUAUCAAUCGUGGUGACGAUGAUAGCGAUGCGUCAGGCCCACUGAGUGGAGACGUAAUUACACCAAACCAACUUUUAUUGGCAAAUGAGGAGGUGGGGGAGGUGCGUCUGUUGAUGCUCGACAAUAUAAACAAGCUCAUGAAUCGAGGAGACAAAAUCAAUUCCCUUGUGGACCAAACAGAUCGUCUCACUUCCUCCUCUCUGGUCUUCCAACGGAAAGCACAAGCCAUCAAGCGAAAAAUGUGGUUUAGCAACGCCAAGUUUGUUAUCGUAUGUGUGUCAUUAUUUGUGCUCUUGCUAUACUUUUUCAUCGGUUUCGAAUGCGGGUUUCCGUUAUUCGGCCACUGCAUCAGGCAUUAA